UUAAAGAAAACUUACUAUAAUGAUUAGUUUAAAACAAAUAAAACACCUACUAAUCAGUUAUCUCCAGUAUAUCUACUUUAGUGUAAAAAUUUUUCAGUAACAACUUUAGCUCUUAAAUAGUUCUUAAAAUCUGUAGAGCAUAGAUUUUUAAGGAGAGUUAUAAUUAGGAUUUUAUUGAAUAUUAAAUAAAAUAUUUAGGUGGAAGGUGUAAUCUAGAAAUUUGAAUAAGUAAAGAACUCAUAAAUACGGUCAUAUAAUAACAUUUGGAAGGUUUUAGCCAUACUGUAAUCUAGAAUUAUUGGCAAUAAAUUUUGUUGUUUAUAUUCUUAUUUUCAAGGGUUGGGUCAAAGGGAUACUCGGGAACUACUCUGGCCUGGUGCUAGGAGGCCAUUCCUAGCUGUGCUCAGGGGAUCAUAUAUGUUGCUGGGGACCUAAAUUGGGUUAGUUGAAUGCAAGGCAAGUAUCUUAACAGCUAUACCUCUGACUUCUUGUUUGUUUAAACAAAUCUCACAUUGGUCAAAAUAUUAUAAAAUUUUAGGAAUUAUUCUCCUCCCCAUUGAUAUCUUUGAAAUAUGAUUCAGUAACAAAUGUAAAACAAAGUUUUUUAAAAAGGAGUAGGGCUACUUAGGAGCAUAAAUGGAUGCAGUAACUGCUUGGGACUCUAAGCGGCGCUGUUUAUCUACUUGGAGAAAAUGUAACCAAACACCACCCGGAUACUCACAUCGGCUCCUAGCAAACACCAGCAGAUCUCACAAGCCAACGCGGGGUUGCAGUGAGACUCCAUCCCUAAAUUGGGAGCCGCACCUGCGUUCCGUAAGACUAUAUUCACAGAUGCAGCCAAAAGGUAAAGAAGAUAUAUUUACCUAAUGAAAAUUCUGACAAGAUUCCGUUGCGCAAGAACAAUGGCCGGCCCAAAUUCUUACCGAGGGCGCGGAGACGCGGUCCUGCUGUGCGCGCUCCUGGGCACUCUGUGGGAGAUCGGGAGGGGACAGAUGCACUAUUCCGUGCCUGAAGAAAGCGACAAAGGAUCCUUUGUGGGGAAUAUCUCCAAGGACCUGGGGCUGGAGUCACAGGACCUGGCGAAGCAAGGAGUCCGCAUCGUCUCCAGAGGUAGGACGCAGCUCUUUGCUCUCAAUCCGCGAACGGGCAGCCUGGUCACCGCGGGCAGGAUAGACAGGGAGGAGCUCUGCGCCCAGAGCGCGCCUUGUCUGAUUGACUUUAAAGUCCUGGUUGAAGAGAGAGUGCAACUUUAUGGAAUAGAAAUCGAAGUAACUGAUGUGAAUGACAAUGCCCCAAAAUUUCAGGCCGGAAGUCUGGAAGUGAAAAUUAACGAAAUCGCUGCCCCAGGCACAAGAUAUCCUCUCCCAGAGGCGGUUGACCAGGAUGUGGGAAUGAAUUCCUUGCAGAGCUACCAACUGAGCCCCAACAACCACUUCUCCCUGGAUGUGCAGACCAGAGAGGAUGGGACUCUUAACCCAGAGCUGGUGCUGGAGCGCGCCCUGGACCGCGAGGAAGAGGCUGCUCACCACCUGGUUCUCAUCGCUUCUGAUGGUGGAGAGCCACGUCGUUCCAGCACACUUAACAUCCAGGUGACCGUACAGGACAACAAUGACAAUGCUCCAGUUUUUGCUCAACCAAUUUACCGAGUGAAAGUUCCAGAGAGCGUGCCCCCAGGCACCAGGUUGCUUACUGUAAGAGCUAGUGACCUGGAUGAGGGGACCAAUGGAGAAGUAACAUAUAAAUUCUUGAAAAUUAACGAAAAACAAUCAUCACUGUUCCAACUAAAUGAACAUACUGGGGAGAUAUCAAUACAAAAGAGCUUGGAUUAUGAAGAAUGUACAUUUUAUGAAAUGGAAAUACAAGCUGAAGAUGUGGGUGCACUUUGGGGGCGGACUAAAGUGCUCAUUUCUGUGGAAGAUGUGAAUGACAAUAAGCCAGAAAUCAUCUUUACAUCUCUGUUUAGUCCAGUCUUGGAAAAUACUCUUCCUGGGACAGUAAUUGCUUUCUUAAAUGUGCAUGACCUAGACUCUGGGAAAAAUGGCCAAGUUGUCUGUUACAUAAGUGAUAAUUUGCCUUUUCAAUUAGAAAAAUCAAUAGAUAAUUAUUACAGGCUGGUGACACGAAAGUAUUUGGACCGAGAAAAAAUCUCUGUCUACAAUAUCACAGUGAUGGCCUCGGAUCUAGGAACUCCACCACUGUCUACUGAAGCGUCUAUCACCCUGCAUGUGGCAGAUACCAAUGAUAACCCACCCACGUUUACUCAGGCCUCGUACUCGGCAUAUAUCCCAGAAAACAAUCCCAGAGGUGCUUCCAUCUUCUCUGUGAUGGCCCAUGACCCCGACAGUGACAGAAAUGCUCAGGUCACGUAUUCUUUGACUGAAGAAGCCAUCAUGGGGGCACCUCUCUCUUCCUAUGUCUCCAUCAACUCAGAUACUGGUGUCCUGUAUGCUCUGAACUCUUUUGACUAUGAAGAGAUCAGAGAGCUGCAGCUCCAGGUGACAGCCAGCGACAACGGGGAUCCUCCACUCAGCAGCAACGUAUCUCUGAGCAUAUUUGUGCUGGACCAAAAUGACAACGCUCCUGAGAUCCUGUACCCCACACUUCCCAUGGAUGAUUCCACUGGGGUGGAACUGGCCCCUCUCUCCGCAGAACCUGGUUACCUGGUGACCAAGGUGGUGGCAGUGGAUAGAGACUCAGGCCAGAACGCCUGGCUGUCCUACCGCCUGCUGAAGGCCAGCGAGCCAGGGCUGUUCGCUGUGGGGCUGCACACUGGCGAGGUGCGCACUGCGCGUGCCCUGCUGGACAGAGAUGCCCUCAAGCAGAGCUUGGUGGUGGGGGUCCAGGACCACGGGCGGCCCCCUCUGUCGGCCACAGUCACGCUCACCGUGGCCAUUGCAGACAGCAUCCCUGAUGUGCUGGCAGACCUGGGCAGCAUCAGUGCUCCCACCCAGCAGGACGACUCGGACCUCACUCUCUACCUGGUGGUGGCAGUGGCCGUGGUCUCCUGUGUCUUCCUGGCCUUCGUCAUUGUGCUGCUGACACUUAGACUGUGGCGGUGUAGGAAAUCAAGUCUACUCCAGGCUUCAGAUGUUGGAUUUGUAGGCCUUCCAGCUUCCAACUUCCUGGGGGUGGAUGGAGUACAGGCUUUCCUGCAGACCUACUCCCAUGAGGUGUCCCUGACUGCGGAUUCUCGAAAGAGUCACCUGAUCUUCCCACAGCCCAAUUAUGCAGACACGCUCAUCAGCCAUGAGAGCUGUGAGAAAAAUGAUUCCUUGUUAACAUCCAUAGAUUUUCACGAAUGUCAGGAUAAAGGUCCUUCAGUUCAGCAGGUGAGUUAAACUUUUUUUUUAACUCAGAAGCCUUUGAAGAAUAAAUUUGUAUUUUGAAAUAUAUAAUAAUGAAGGGAUCUGAAAAUAUUUUCCGGGAGGA